AUGCCUCAACUGCAAGGAGAUGCUACAGAGCAGACACCUCCUGACCUGCCUUCCUAUCUGUUCAAGGAGCGCAUUGUCUACUUGGGGAUGUCUCUGGUGCCUGCUGUGACAGAGCUGCUACUCGCUGAGCUGUUGUACCUGCAAUAUGAUAACCCGACACGGCCAAUCUUCAUGUACAUUAACUCGGCAGGCGUCCAGAAAGGAGGAGACAAGUUGGGCUACGAGUCAGAGGCGUUCGCCAUCUAUGACACCAUGAAGUACAUAAAGCCAGAAGUGCACACGCUUUGUGUUGGUAAUGCCUUUGGGGAAUCUGCUAUGCUUCUAGCAGCUGGAACACCGGGCAAGCGCGGCGCUCUCCCCUCCUCAACCAUCAUGCUUCGGCAGCCCAUGCAGAGAUUUGCGCAGAUGCAGGCCUCUGACAUUGACAUCUACAGGAAUGAGCUUCGCAAGACGAAGAAUGAGAUCGUGCAUCUCCUGGGGAAGCACAUCGGGAAGGAUGCUGAUGAGAUCGAGCGUGUCAUUGCACGCCCAACAUACUUCAACCCAUAUGAGGCUGUUGACUUUGGCAUCAUUGACUCGGUCCUGGAGCCAAAUGAAGAGGUAAUUAGGCAAGUUGUCAGAGACAGCGCUCAGAGGAAGGCUCCCUUGUGAGAAAAGAGCCAGAGAAGGGCGCGCGCGUCGGCGUGCCAGCAGACAUGCCUCAUGCUUAUCUUGACUCUCAUCCACAUGCAAAUCUGCAUGGCAAAUGCCUUGUGUGCGCCUGUUUCCCAAAUUUUCACCGCAUCGCCUCCUGUUGGGAGAUGCCCUGUCUUGCCGGUUGUCACGGCAGGACACACAUCAUUGGUGUAAGGACAAUGCAGUGCAUGC